UCAGACUCAAGUGACUGGGACCCUUGAGAUCAAAGGCUUACCAUGCUACCCCCUAGGAGGGCCAGGCGCUGCUGACGUGACCACUGGACAGUUAUUCGUGGCUCUUAUAAUUACCAAAAAGAAUGGACAAGUUUAAUAAAAUAACUGUCCCAGCCAGUCAGAAGUUGAGGCAGCUUCAAAAGAUGGUCCAUGAUAUUAAGAACAAUGAAGGUGGAAUAAUGAACAAAAUCAAAAAGCUGAAAGUCAAAGCACCUCCAAGUGUUCCUCAAAGGGACUAUGCCUCAGGGAGCCCCGCUGAUGAAGAGGAGCAGUGGUCAGAUGACUUUGACAGCGAUUAUGAAAACCCAGACGAGCACUCGGACUCAGAGAUGUACGUGCUGCCCGCCGAGGAGACCGGGGAUGAUAGCUACGAGCCGCCUCCCGCCGAGCAGGAGACGAGGACAGUUCACCCAGCCCUGCCCUUCACCAGGGGCGAGUACAUAGACAAUCGAUCAAGCCAGAGGCAGUCUCCGCCCUUCAGCAAGACCCUUCCCAGUAAGCCCAGCUGGCCUUCAGCAAAAGCGAGGCUGACCUCCACUCUGCCAGCUCCAACUUCUCUUCAGAGACCUCAGGUCCCACCCAAACCCAAAGAACUUCUUGAGGAUGAGGCUGAUUAUGUAGUCCCUGUGGAAGAUGAAGAUGAAAACUAUAUUCAUCCCACAGAAAGCAGUUCACUCCCAUCUGAAAAAGCUCCCAUGGUGAACAGAUCAACCAAGCCAAAUAACUCCUCAAAGCCAGCCUCUCCUCCAGGGACAGCUUCAGGUCGCAACAGCGGGGCCUGGGACUCUAAGUCAUCUUCUCUACCCACUGCGCCGUCCCCACUGCCCAGGGCGGGGAAAAAAACGGCUACAACACUGAAGACAACUCCAGUUCCCUCUCAACAGAAUGCCUCAAGUGUUUGUGAAGAAAAACCUAUACCUGCUGAACGUCACCGAGGAUCUAGUCACAGACAAGAAAAUAUGCAGUCACCUAUGUUUCCUCCCGCCCAGAAACAAAUCCAUCAAAAACCCGUACCUCUGCCAAGAUUUCCGGAAGGGGGAAGCCCAACCGUGGAUGGCUCAUUACCCCACUUUUCAUCUAAUUCCAAUUUGUCAGAACAGGAAGCUGACGUUCACUGUAAGCCAUGGUAUGCUGGUGCCUGCGAUAGAAAGUCUGCUGAAGAGGCGUUAUACAGAUCAAACAAGGAUGGAUCAUUUCUUAUUCGGAAAAGCUCUGGCCAUGACUCCAAACAGCCAUAUACACUAGUUGUAUUCUUUAAUAAGCGAGUAUAUAAUAUCCCAGUGCGAUUUAUUGAAGCAACAAAACAGUAUGCCUUGGGCAGGAAGAAAAAUGGUGAAGAGUACUUUGGAAGUGUUGCUGAAAUUAUCAAGAAUCAUCAACAUAGUCCCCUGGUUCUUAUCGACAGUCAGAAUAACACAAAAGAUUCCACAAGACUGAAAUACGCAGUUAAAGUUUCAUAAAUUUUAAAAAAAGAUCAACUUCAUUGCUUCAGACAUUUUCUCUCUUUUUACUUUUGAGAAAAAGUCUCAAAACUUCAUAUUUUGGAUUAUGAAUCAUCAGUAAUUAAAUAGAAGAUGGAGGCAGCUAUUGAGGUAGUCAUCCAUUUCUUUAUAAGAAGCUCAGAUGAACUUGUUCUACUGCCUGACCUGAUGAACUGUUAAUAUCUGGUGAGGUUGAGUUAUCAUGCUACUAAUAUUCUCCAAAUAAAUGUCUUUAUUUAAAAUAACCAAGUGUAAAGUAUUUUCAGUCUUGUAAAAAAAUAACACUCUGUUUUCAAAAUAAGAAAAGAAUACUCUUGGAGAAAAUAAAGCUGCUAGAAAUUUAGACCACCACAAUGGUCACUGGUGCACUAAUGUAACUAGGAUAUCUGCUGUCAAUGCUUGACAGUUAUGUCUUGGUUAAAAUUUUAAUGUGUAGAAAACAAAAUAUAGACAAUGUAUGAUAUUUGUAAGUACAGAUUAGGGGUAUAAUGGUUCCUUUUUGUGAAAGCUCCCAACCAUGGGAGAUGUAUAUAGAUAUGAACUUUCUAGAAGUUCCUGUCCAUGAUUAUGUUGUUAGCUUUGCUUAUUAAAGAAAAUUAUACCCUCUUUGAUAUGCAUGUCUAUUAAACGGACCCUAAACUUGAUAUGAGGUUCGAAGUGGG